UUUCGUCCAUCAAUUAUUCAUCCAAACCAGAUCGGUUUCUAAUUUCUGAAUAUGUUUGAUCAUGAUGUGAUUUUGAUGGUUAAUUAUGGCGGAGUGGUUUGAUUUUGACCUAGAUCUGGGAAAUUUCCAUAGAUAGUGAAAACAUUGGGGUUUUUGUGUGAGGAGAUCUGGAAUUUGGGGGUUUUGUGUUUUUUUUACUGCGCUGUAAAUUUAGUUGGGCUUUCUCUGUAAUUUUGCCUGAUCCAUGAUACAGCUGGAAAAGUAGUUUUUUUUGUUGGGUUUUUGGGGUUGUUUCCAAAAAGAGAAUUUAUCGAGUUGGUUCUUCCCGCAUUUGUCUGGAUUAUCGUCAAAUCUCGGAGUUUAGGGUAUGAUCUGGUAGAGGUUUUUUUGAAUCAGCAUCUGAUGGUAGUAUAGAAGUUCUUUAGGUAGAUAUGUUGUAAUUUGGAAGGGGACUAGAUCUGGGCAUACGAGGGGUGUUCUGAAUCUUACAGAGAUUAAUAGGAAUAUGCAAUAACAAUUUUUGCUUGGGGUUCUUUUAAGUUAGAACAAUUUGGUUUCUCGUUCAUGUUUUGAAGGCAGGGACUGUAAGAGGAUUUAGGAGUUUAGAAUCCGAUAUGAUGAGGGGUAGGACUGAUGGAGUCCAAAAGAAGCGCCUUGUUACAUCCUUGUGUGUAAUGAUUUUAUGUUUGGUUUUCCUGUUUCUGUACUAUGGUUCAUUCUUUGGAUCUAAUCGGGGAAAGGCUCUCGAGUAUGGGAGGAAGUUUGCAUCGACUUAUUUGGGUGGGGAUGGUGAUGAUAAAGAUGCCGAUCUUAGUGCUGAUAGAGAGUCUUCAAGGGAAGAUGUGGACAAUGAUAUUUCGCCGAAAAGCUUUCCCGUCUGUGAUGAUCGCUAUUCGGAGCUCAUUCCAUGCCUAGAUAGAAACCUUCAAACACAGUUGAGAAUGAAGGUGGAUCUGUCACUUAUGGAGCACUAUGAGAGACACUGCCCUCCACAAGAUAGGCGUUAUAAUUGCUUGAUCCCUCCACCACCUGGGUAUAAGGUUCCCAUAAAGUGGCCAGAAAGCCGAGAUGAAGUAUGGAAAGCAAACAUACCUCACACUCAUCUCGCACAUGAGAAGUCAGACCAGAAUUGGAUGGCUGUUAAGGGCAACAAAAUUGUAUUCCCAGGGGGUGGGACUCAUUUUCAUUAUGGAGCUGACAAAUAUAUCACCUCAAUGGCAAAUAUGCUCAACUUCUCGGGCGAUAACCUGAACAAUGGCGGAAGAAUCCGGACUGUUCUUGAUGUUGGUUGUGGGGUUGCCAGUUUUGGUGCUUAUCUCCUUUCUAGGGACAUCAUAGCAAUGUCCCUUGCACCCAAUGAUGUGCAUCAGAACCAGAUCCAAUUUGCCCUUGAACGAGGAAUCCCCGCAUUUCUUGGUGUUUUAGGGACAAAGAGGCUCCCUUAUCCUAGUAGAUCAUUCGAGCUUGCUCAUUGCUCUCGUUGUAGGAUAGACUGGUUACAAAGGGAUGGUAUCCUUCUUCUUGAGUUGGAUAGAUUGCUCAGGCCGGGUGGCUAUUUUGCUUACUCUUCUCCUGAAGCAUAUGCACAAGAUGAGGAAGAUCGCAAGAUAUGGAGGGAGAUGAGUGACCUCGUUGGGCGCAUGUGUUGGAAGAUUGUGGCAAAGAGAGACCAAACUGUUAUAUGGGUCAAGCCACUUACAAAUGCCUGUUACAAGGCACGAGAGCCUGGUACUCAACCUCCACUUUGCAGAACUGAUGAUGAUCCAGAUGCUGUUUGGGGUGUGAAGAUGGAAGCCUGCAUUACACCCUAUUCUGAGCAGAUGGACAAAUCCAAGGGUAGUGGAUUAGUCCCAUGGCCCGCUCGGUUAACUGCUCCUCCUCCUCGACUAGCAGAUUUUGGCAUAACCAAUGACAUGUUUGGAAAGGACACGGAGGUAUGGCAUCGUAGGGUUGAGCAAUAUUGGAACCUAUUAAAGCCCAAAUUGAGACCAAAAACUCUGAGGAACAUAAUGGAUAUGAAGGCCAACCUGGGUUCUUUUGCUGCCGCUCUUAGAGAUAAGGAUGUGUGGGUAAUGAAUGUUGUACCUGAAGAUGAUCCAAACACUCUCAAAAUAAUCUACGACCGAGGCCUAAUUGGUACCGAUCAUGAUUGGUGUGAGGCGUUCUCUACAUACCCUCGAACCUAUGAUCUCCUUCACGCAUGGACUGUGUUCUCAGACAUCACGAAGAAAGAUUGCAGUGUAGAGGAUCUUCUCAUAGAGAUUGACCGGAUCCUUCGACCCACUGGUUUCCUUUUAGUUAGAGACAAGCGCUCGAUCGUUGAGCUUAUCAAGAAGUACUUAACGGCACUCCAUUGGGAAUCCAUAGUCAUGGUCGAUGGGGACCCUGAAACGGAGCCUGAUGGAGAUGAGGUGGUGUUUGUGAUCCAAAAGAAGAAGUGGCAGUCAAGUGGUGAGAGCCUCAAGGAUUCCUUGUGAAGCAUUUCUCUCUCAUGCACGGCCAAAGCAUGGCCGAUGUGCCGGAGAUUUUUUCGCUUGGUUUUGUGGUUUUUUUUUGUUUCCUUUUAAAAGAGUAGGUGGUAUCUGCUGACUGCCGAAGCAUGGCGGGAGGUAUGUACUGUGGUUUGUUUUUUGAUCAAUUUCAGCAUUUUUGAUAUUCUUUACUCCAAUUUAUGCGGGACCCAAAUUGGGAUAAUUAAUAUUGAUUCACAAGUUGUUGGAAUAA